AUGUACUCCAGUUUAUUCGAAGUAUCCCAAUGGUGUAAGUCCGUCGACUUAUUGGGAAAAAGGAGGAAAAUCACUUUGAUCUCGUCUUUCGGAGAAAUAAGUGGCUCACGAGGAAUGGAAAAAAACAUAUUCUAUUUGAUCUCAAAGUCCUCAUAUAGCACUUCUUCUAAUCCUGGAUGGGGGAUCACUUGUAGGAAUGACAUAAUGCUAAUCCAUGUUCCACACGGACAAGGAAGCAUUGUUUUUUAA